AUGAUGUGGGAACUCCGCUCUGUGGCCUUCACCCGUGCUGUCCUUGCUGAAUUCAUAGCCACACUGAUCUUCAUUUUUUUUGGCCUGGGCUCUGCUAUGAACUGGCCUGCUUCCCCACCAAACGUCCUUCAGAUCUCACUAGCAUUUGGCUUGGCCAUCGCAACAUUGGUUCAGGCUGUGGGCCACAUCAGUGGUGCCCAUAUUAACCCUGCUGUGACUGUGGCAUGCCUGGUGGGCUCUCAGGUGUCCUUCUUGAGGGCUGUCUUCUAUGUGGUGGCACAGAUCCUGGGAGCGGUGACAGGGGCUGCCCUCCUGCAUCAGCUCACACCACCCCAUAUCCGGGGGAGCUUGGCCAUCAACAGGGUGCACAAUAACACAUCAUCAGGGCAGGCAGUCACCAUGGAGCUCUUCCUCACCUUCCAGCUAGUCUUGUGCAUUUUUGCCUCCACCGAUGACCGCAGGAACGAUAACGUGGGGUCACCAGCUCUAUCCAUUGGUUUCUCCGUUGCCUUGGGUCACCUGCUUGGGAUCUACUACACUGGCUGCUCCAUGAACCCUGCCAGGUCUUUUGGUCCUGCUGUUGUUGUGGGUGAUUUUGAAAACCAGUGGAUCUUCUGGCUGGGUCCAAUGGCUGGAGCAGUGGUGGCUUCCUUGCUCUACAACUAUGCCCUCUUCCCCCAUUCAAAGACCCUCUCAGAGAGGCUGGCCAUCUUCAAAGGCUACGAACCAGAAGAAGACUGGGAGGAUCGGGAAGUCCGCCGGAGGCAAUCAAUGGAGCUGCAUUCCCCACAGACCCUGCCUCGGGGGGUUAUGGAGAAAGUCUAG